AUGGGACUUGCACCAGAUAUGCCCGCUCCGGAACAGUCCGGCUUGCCCGGCUUCACAUUGCCUCUUGACUAUCUCCCUAAACGAGGAAAGUCUCUAUUUCGCCCCCUUCCACUUUGUCCACAUGCGUUACAAUAUCCCGUAAAAUCAGCCAUCGUUCACCGAGAGAUCCUAAUGAUGCGUGUGAUGAAUGUCAUCACUGACAAACCAGAGUGGGAACUAAAGGUUUUUGAUGAGGAAAUCACUGCCAAAUGGUGCGAGGAGAUUUCCAACAGUGGCGAGGAUAUCUCCGCGGCAAUGAUGGGCUACAUCAUCAAGGAACUACAAUGGAAAGCCAAUCACUCCAAAUCCGAUGGAUUCACCACAGUAUUUGACAUUGGCGUGGUCAAAUCGGACACCGCCAUCCCAGAAGAACUACGAAAAGCUCUAGUAGAUGAAGUGGCUCAUUUGGAAAACAUACCAGACGAUCAGAAGGAUUACCAUCCAAGAUCCAACCAAAAGGUCCUUGAUCUUGUACAUCCAUCGCUUUUCCCGCUCGUAUACGGACGCAGCCGUAUCUUACCCGAUCAGUCGAUUGGUCUCGAAGACUGUCUCGGUACCAUAGGACAGGGAGAAUUACUCACAGUCCCAUCGACCGGGGAUGAAGACCUCUACAGUCACAAAUUCCAAUGGCUUCCUUGCGACGUGGAGCUGAGAUCCACAGAAACGAAGCCUGAGUGCCGCAUCACUUCCUAUAUCAACAACCUGCAUCCCGGGCGCCAUCUUGCCUUGUACAAUGUCAUUGAGAAAGUCAUUGCACGCACCAUACCUUUGUGGAACAGGACUUUGACUGGCGAGAAAUAUAACAAUCAUCGGAUUGAAUAUUCUAGAGUUGAAAAAGACCAUGAUGGGGAGCCAGAGCCAGAGAGGGAGCCCGAGGAGAGUGAUCGCCAAUACUGGCUUCGUCGUGUGGCCUGGGAAAGGACAGGCGCGAUCAAACAGCCGGAGCCUAAAGAGUUUACGGAUUAUGAGCCCGAUGAGAGAAUGGAUAUUCAAAAGCAGUUUGGCGAUACUGGGCUGCAGGUUAUUGUAAAGUUGGCCAACAUUGAGCUAUCUCCUGAAAAGCCCGAGUACGAAGGAGGAUCCUGGCAUAUUGAAGGUCAACUGAAUGAGCGCAUCUGUGCAACAGCUAUCUACUACUACGACAGCGAAAAUAUCACAGAAAGUAUCCUUGCAUUUCGCCAACGUGCUAACGAGAACGCAAUCGAGGAAGUCUAUUACGACCAAGGAGAACACGAAUUCCUCCAAGAUAUCUACGGAUUUAGUCCCAACAUUGAUGGCUAUACCUACGAUGCCCAAAUCACACAAGACCUAGGAGGUGUCGUCUGCCGGCAAGGCCGUCUUCUUACUUUCCCCAACGUCAUUCAGCACUGUGUGGCACCAUUCUCGCUGGCUGACCGCUCAAAGCCGGGCCACCGAAAGAUCCUGGCUUUAUUCCUCGUUGAUCCACAUCUACGGAUCAUCUCGACUGCGAACAUUCCUCCGCAGCAGGAGGCUUGGGGGAGACAGAAGUAUGAUCUGGCUCAAAAGGUACUCUCGAAGAAGCUUCCUGCUGAGCUGAGAAACAUGGUAUGUGAUGAAGGUAUACUGCAGCAACUUAUGAGUAUGGAUGAGGCAAAGGAGUUGCGGUUGGAACUUAUGGAGGAGAGGAGCGCAAAAUCUCUGGAGCAAAACGAGAGAUUUGAGAAGGGUGACUUUAAUCUUUGUGAACACUAG